AUAGCAGCUGAAGCUCAAACAAAAAUUUAAAACAGAAACUAAAAAAAAACAAAACGCAGCCAAGUGACAACUGAGUUUGCGCGACUUGAACCACAAGCGCGGCGUGCGGUAAAAGGGAGUGCGUAUUUUGAAUGCGAUUUUUAAAGAAGACGUGAUUAAAAUAAAAAGAAUCAGUAAGAAGACAACUGCAUCGUGAACAAAGCACUCUGAGUGCCGUGAAGUGCAUCCAAAUCAACAGUUAAUCGCAUGUCUUGCCACAAUUAGUGGCAUUCAACAGAAGCAGAACGGUAGUGCAAUCAAGAGCACCGUUUUGAUUGCAAUAUAAAAGCAACACACAAAAAAAUAAAAAUCGAAUAAAAUAUAAAGAAACUUGAACCUGUAGUUGUUAAUAAAGUCACAUUCGCAGCAACAACAACAACAACCACAACAAACAAUUAAUAUUGCAACAUCAAUCGCAACAAGCAAAGCUAUCAAGAGCAGCUGCUGCAACUGCACUGACAACAACACACAGUACAAAUUUUGUGCAUUUAAACGCAACUAAACACUUCUAAUUGCAUAAUCAUUAAUAAAUAGCUCAACGUGCCACUGCGUGCGCGUGCGUGCGUGUGUGAGUGCGCCCGCUUGUGUGUGAUUCCCUCUUUAUUUGCAGCAAUAUCGCAUGUUGCACAUAACAAAAUGUUAAAAAUGUUCCACUUACGUCAGUUGCAAUUUAUUCUAAUAAUAAUUUCCUGCCUACUGUUGAGCGUUACGCCAACAAAAACAGCAACGACAACAAAUGCUACAAAGUCAAUAACAGCAAAAAAAGGCAAAGCAUCAAUAUUCGCUGAUGUUGUAACAGCGGGCGCGCCCACUGUCGUCUCAUCCAUCGUAAUUCCGGGAAAAUAUCAUGCCUACACACAACACUUGCCGCAAUCAACAUACAAAAAGGUGCAUGUGUCAGCAACGGCAACGGCAACUCAUCAGCAUCACCAUCAGAUGAAGCAACAGCAGCAGCAGCAACAAAACCAACAGCAACGACAACAGCGUGUGGACGUUGCCAAACCUGUCGCACUUCCCAGCGCUAAACUCAAUCCCAUCAGAAAUUGGUUUGGCAUCUUUAAUCGGAACAACGCACAGGCGACGGCGCAUGACACAACGACGACAACGUGCAAUUGCAGAUGCGGCGAGCGCAACGAUGAAUCGCGCAUCGUGGGCGGCCAGACAGCCGGCGUCAGCGAAUACCCAUGGAUGGCACGCCUCAGCUACUUCAAUCGCUUCUACUGUGGCGGCACGCUGAUCAACGAUCGCUACGUACUCACCGCUGCGCAUUGCGUCAAAGGUUUCAUGUGGUUCAUGAUAAAAGUAACAUUUGGUGAACAUGAUCGCUGCAAUGACAAGGAACGACCCGAAACACGUUUUGUGUUACGCGCCUUCAGUCAGAAAUUCAGCUUCUCCAAUUUCGAUAAUGAUAUCGCUUUGUUGCGCCUCAAUGAUCGUGUGCCCAUUACAAGUUUCAUACGACCAAUCUGCUUGCCACGCGCUUUUGAACGCAAUGAUCUGUUCAUUGGCACCAAAGGCAUGGCGACCGGUUGGGGUACGCUGAAGGAGGAUGGCAAACCGUCUUGUUUGCUGCAGGAGGUAGAAGUUCCAGUCUUGGAUAACGAACAUUGUGUAGCGCAAACGAAUUACACACAAAAGAUGAUUACUAAGAAUAUGAUGUGCGCCGGCUAUCCGGGCGUGGGUGAGCGUGACUCCUGCCAAGGCGAUUCGGGUGGACCGCUGGUGCGCAUGCGUCCCGAUGAUAAGCGUUUCGAACAGAUUGGUAUAGUAUCGUGGGGCAAUGGUUGCGCUAGACCCAACUAUCCGGGCGUUUAUACGCGUGUUACGAAAUACUUGGACUGGAUAAUGGAGAAUUCGAAAGAUGGCUGCUUCUGCGAUGAAGACGAUUGAUGGGCAGUUAACGGAAGAAGGUUUGGAGGGUUGAAGAUGAUAGUAGAACUGAAUGAUGUGAAAUAUUUUAAUCGGAUCGUUUUCUUUUUUUAAGUAGGGGGUUUCGAAAAACAUACGUAAAUAUGAUCUUGCAAGUUUUUAAUUUGGUUUGUCCAAAC